UCGCGGUGGCAUCCAGCGAUUGGUCCACACAAGCACAAACGUAAGCUCCGCCCGCAGCAACACGCACUCCACUCCACCACCUACUGCGCACACGACCUAUAUAUAACUGCGCUGCGGCCGCCUCCUUCCCACAGACCAUCAACACAAACGAGCAUCAAUCGGAAUUCACAGGCGGCUCCAGCAGAUCAUUUACACGAGCAGCAGCAAAUCCAUCCAUGGGAGCGGGAAUGAAGCGCGCUAGGGAGCAGGAGGUACUGUCGCUCGCGCUGUCGCUGAGCACGGACUCGACGUCGUCGUCAGCCGACUCGGCCGGUGCACCGGCCAGGAAGAGGGCGCGGCGGGGUAGAGUGGUGGCGACGUCGGGGGAAGGGGAGUUCGUGUGCAAGACGUGCGGCCGCGCCUUCGCGUCGUUCCAGGCGCUGGGCGGCCACCGGACCAGCCACCUCCGGGGGCGCCAUGGGCUGGAGCUCGGUGUCGGGAUCGCCAGGGCCAUCAAGGAGAGGCAAAAGCAGGAGGACAAGCAGCAGCACGAUUGCCACAUCUGCGGGCUCGGCUUCGGGACCGGCCAGGCUCUCGGCGGCCACAUGCGUCGGCACCGCGAGGAGAUGGCGCUCAGCGGCGCCAUCGACCGGUGGGUCGCUCUGUCGAAUCAGGAGGCGGGGCACCAGGCCGCCGCCGACCGGCCGCCGGUCUUGCUCGAGCUGUUCGUCUAGAGUCGUUAGAAUCUGAUAGGUUCAUUGUUCGACCUUGUACAGAGUACAUUUUUGGUGAUUACCGUCUCCGUUCUUGCUGGAUAGUAUUUGCUUUGGAUCGGUCCCUUUUCUAACCGAUUGACUCGAGGUUUACAUGCACAGAUGCAGUUGUAUACUCCCUAAUGAAGACAUAUUCAUUUCUUCUAAAGCAAUUGACAGAUUAUUGCACUCA